AUGUGCUGCUUAUUUUGCCUGGGGGCCGCUAUAGCCGCCUCUGAAACCGACCCAGAGCGAGAGCUGCGGCAGCAACGACAACAACAGAAUCAGCCGAUGCCGCCCCAUCUUGAUUCGGAGGGCCAUCACCACUGCGCACUGACCAAGAAGGAAUGGGCCGAAUGGGGAGAAAGAUCGAAGGCAAUACUCGUAUUAGUAUCCCUGCCCGUCAUCGUCGGGCCAGCCGUCCAUUUAGCGAUGGUUAUUUGGCUAAUGACUGAUGUGGGAAAUAACCCGCAAGACUACAACGACUCGGCCCAACUGAUUGUGACGAUCAUGCUGCUGGCAGGGGGCCUGAUUUGCAUCCUGGCGUUGGCUGUGAUCCUCCUAAACGUUUUCGGUGUGCGCAGGAAGAGAUUCGCGCUUCUAAGGGCUUCACGAAUCAUACUGAUUCUGCUAAUUGUGCUUUACUUGGCAAGCUUUAUCGGAUUGAUUUUGAAUUUUGAUUGGAUCGGUCUGGGGAUUGGAGCUGCCAGUGUUGUUUGGAUGGGCAUCACCCUUACGCUACUGCAACGCCACAUGAAACGAAUGCUAUUGUGCAAAGCUUGUUAU